AGAAGACGGAACAGGUUGUGCGCACUGGAGACCACCUACCAGCAAUAAUGAAUUUCAGGGAAGAAAUUAUGAGCCAUAUAGUUCCAGGACAAUUUGAUGAUGCAGAAUCUUCUGACAGUGAGCAGUCCCAGACUGAAGUCAUCCAGAAAGAGAAAGAAAUAAUUAAAAUGCAGCCGUCGCGUUUGUACGUGGAAGCAUACGUGGACGAAUUUGACGACAGUGGUGAAGACGAUGAAGAUGAUUGGGACUGGGACGAUAUGAUGGGGAAAGUCACAAAGGGAAACCUCAUUCAUGGAGGGAGAAACACACAGGCAAACAGACAGACGCCCAGUUGCAAUGCAUCCAAAAUGUCCACUCCUACAGACAAGGCGCUGAGAAAAUUUGACAAUAAAAUUAAUUUAGACAAGCUAUAUUUUGCGGAUUCUGUUAUAAACAAAGUUACAGAGAAAUCAAGGCAAAGAGAAGCGGAGAUGUACCGGGUGAAAGAUAAGUCGGACAGAGCAACUGUAGAACAAGUAUUGGACCCCAGAACCCGAAUGAUUCUGUUCAAGAUGCUAACAAGAGGUGUGAUAUCAGAGAUCAACGGCUGCAUCAGCACAGGGAAGGAGGCUAACGUGUAUCAUGCCAGCACAGCAAAUGGAGAGAACAGGGCAAUAAAGAUAUAUAAAACUUCAAUUCUGAUGUUUAAAGACCGGGAUAAAUACGUGAGUGGAGAAUUCAGGUUUCGCCGUGGAUACUGUAAAGGAAAUCCUAGAAAAAUGGUCAAGACGUGGGCAGAAAAAGAAAUGAGGAAUUUAACAAGGUUACAUGUUGCACAAAUUCCAUGCCCCGAACCCAUCAUGCUGAGAAGUCAUGUUCUUGUUAUGGGCUUUAUUGGAAAAAAUGACACGCCUGCUCCUUUGUUGAAAAAUGCUCAGUUAUCAGACACAAAAGCUCGGGAGCUGUACCUGCAAGUCAUCCACUACAUGAGAAGAAUGUAUCAGGAUGCAAAACUUGUUCAUGCAGAUCUCAGCGAAUUUAAUAUGCUGUAUCACAGUGGGGAGGUGUAUAUCAUAGAUGUGUCCCAGUCUGUGGAGCAUGACCACCCACACGCUUUGGAAUUCCUGAGGAAAGACUGUGCCAACGUUAAUGACUUUUUCCGGAAAUACAGCGUCGCAGUGAUGACUGUAAGAGAGCUCUUUGAGUUUGUCACAGAUCCGUCUAUUACGAGUGAGAACAUGGACGCUUACCUUGAAAAAGUGAUGGAAAUAGCAUCCCAGAGAACAGAAGAAGAAAGGUCUAAUCAAGAUAAUGUGGAUGAAGAGGUGUUCAAGAAAGCCUAUAUCCCAAGGACGCUUACUGACGUUAAGAACUACGAGAGGGACGUGGACAUCAUGAUGAAGCUGAAAGAAGAAGACGUGGCCUUAAGUGUGCAGCAAGAUAAUAUUCUCUACCAGACAGUUACAGGGUUAAAGAAGGAUUUAUCAGGUGUUCAGAAGGUUCCCGCUCUGCUUGACAAUAAAGAAGAAACAGAAUCUGAUUCGGAGGACGACGGCAGUUCCGACGACUCCAAACCGGCUUGUAAAGAACAAGAGGAGUCUGUGCAUCCUAAAGAUCAGCCAGCUGAGACGGGCGUGGAUAAAAAGGAAAGAAAGAAGAUGACUAAAGAGGCUCAGCGAGAGAAGAGGAAACACAAGAUCCCAAAACACGUAAAGAAGCGAAAAGAGAAGACUGCAAAAACGAAGAAGGGCAAAUAAAUCCCCGUUGGCCUUUUAGGGCAGUGUUAGCCACUCAUGACUUUACGGGACCGUAUUUUGGUAGCAGAAUACUCCUCCUUCACCCCUUUCACCUUGGUGAAUCACAAACAACCACUGUGGCAGGGCACGCUGCUGGCAGGAAAGCUGGGCCUCAGUCCUCUUGUGGGUUUGUGCAUAUAGUAGUCAGUAGAGCUCGUUGGCAAUGGGUUGGACCCCGUGGCAGACUUCUGCUAACGGAAAGUGGGGGAGUGAUGAUUUUUAAUAGCUAUUCCUUUCCCACUGCAGACCUCCAAUUUACUCCUUGUGUUCCCCCCCCCCAGCGCUCCUCCCCCCUCGGCAGCAUUUCAGAGAGUAUUAUGGGCUGCAGGGGAACGGAAGGGAUUGAUGAAGUUCCGUUCUGCUAACACAAUUCCCUUCCGUCUGUGGAAAGCACUGCUGGAUCCAACCCAGUGUAUUCUUGGAUAUUUUAAUGGGGACUUUCGGCCAGUCCAGAGGAAUUUAUACAGUUCUGUAGUGUUAUGAGGAUCUCUAGCAGUGCUCUAUGCAGCACCGAAGGCCUUUACUUUCCAUGCGCAAGAGGGACAGAUAAUUAUCUACAUACAUGUAUGUAAAUACAUAUAUAUAGAUAUUAUUUAAUCUCAUGCACUGAAUUAUCAAGUAGAUUGACGUACGGUGUUUUAUUGGUUUUUUAAUUUAUAUCUUCUCCGUGGCUACUCACAAUCUGUCAGUGUCGCAGUACUUUCCCUCAGCACUGAUGGGAUGCAAUUGGGGGUGGGGGGGUGGGACA